CCUGCUGUGACCAUAUGUAAUAUGAAUCAAGCGCUCAAGAGCAAGGUGUCUAACAACUCAGAAUCUUCCAUGGAAUAUUCAUUUCUAAAAUUACUGUGUGGCUCGGACCCAAAUAUUACAGCACUGAAUACCAUUGAGGAUUGGAGUUUUAGCAGUAGUUUUGUUCUAAAUACAUCGCAAUCUUGUGAGAGAAUGCUGCUUAAAUGUAAUUUUGGUGGCGUUGAAUACAAUUGUACAGAACUUUUUCAUCCAGUUAUACUGGACGAAGGAUUAUGCUGCACAUUCAAUUCACUGGAUCAGGUCUACAAAUUUACAAAUAUAUCAUCAAAGGUCUUUUUUAACAAAACUUAUCCACCAAACGUCAAGCCCGUUGAUUGGUCUUUGGAAAACGGUUAUCUGAACCCCUUACCUAAAUAUUUUUCACCAAUGAAGGCCGUCGGCUUUGGACAAACACUUGGAUUAAACAUUAUUUUAAAUGUAGAGAGAGAUGAAUAUUCUUGUUCGUCAGGAAAAAGUAUCGGUUUCAAAGUUACAGUAGGCAACCCCGAAGACGAGCCAAACGUACACGAAUCGGGCCUAUUGCUUGGACCUGGCCUUGAAUCAAUUAUUCGUAUUAUACCCAGUCAUCAGGAAGCAGAUCGAAAAUUGAGCGUUUUGAGUCGCAAGUACAGAAAUUGCGUUUUUGAGAGGGAGCAUAAGUUAUCUGUAUUUUCGCACUACUCAUACUUGAAUUGUAUGUAUGAGUGUAGAACAAAAACUACACUUUCUAUUUGCGGUUGUGUUCAACCUUACAUGAUUACGAGGUAUUCUAAUCAUACAAUAUGUAGCUAUAAAGAUUACCAAUGCGUACAGGAGAUCCAGUACUUACUGAAAAAUAAAAGAUUUCAAAUACCAUGUGGUCAAAAGUGUUGGAUCGGUUGUUUUUUAAAGAAAUACAAAGUUGAUAUAUUCUCGGCCAACUUAAAGAAAUCAUUAAUGGAGGAAAGCAACACUCUGUUCGCCAAUGUGACUGACACAUAUGUAAAAGAAAAUAUUGCGAUUGCAAACUUUUACCUGCAACGAUAUUCCUAUAAGAGCACCAAACAGUCGCCAUACAUCGACUCCAUUGAUGUGUUAUCCAGUGUCGGUGGCCUCAUUGGAGUUUUCAUGGGAUUUAGUUUCAUUUCGUUUGCUGAAAUUAUUUACUUUUUCUGCAUACGAUCAAGGCGGCUAAACACCGAUCGCAAAAUUGGCAAUUCUGAACGCAGACCGUGUGCACUCUUAGCCAAUAGACCCAAAACACGUUUCAUUAAUCCAUACAAAACACCAGUAUACUCAUUAUAUCAAAACAAUAAAUUCAAAUCUCCACUGAAGAUGUGA